AUGUCGAUCCCAGAACCGGUUAUUACCAGUACACAAGUGGGAGUCCAGACUCGCUGGAUGCUCCUCCAGCAGUCUUUCCAGUUAUUUUGGCGACGUUGGUCUCGGGAAUACUUGAACACCCUAGAUGGUAGAUGGACGAAGACUGAUACCAACCUCGAAGUUAGUACUAUGGUUGUCAUCAAGGUUAAUGACGCAGCUACUCUAUCGUGGCCAUUGGGUAGAAUCGUUGAGGUGUAUCCAGGAACCGAUAAGGUGGUAAGGGUAGUUAAGGUUAGUACCAAACAGGGGGUGUUUACUAGACCAGUUGUGAAAAUAGUACCUCUCCACACAGAUCCAUAG